GGAAGAAAGCGAUCGGAUCAGUACAAGUAGGAGUAAUUGUAUUCAAGGAGGAAUAAAGCAGGAAAAAAGAAAGGAAGAGAAAAGGAAAGAAGGAAGGAAGAGAGACUCACAAGAUGAAACCCUGUCAAAAAAUUGAAGGAAAACCAGAAAAUGAGAGUGAACCAAAGCUUGAGGAAGAGCCAAAGCCUGAGGAAAAGCCAGAGGAGGAGGAAGAAGAGCCAGAGGAGGAGGAAAAAACAGAAGGAACUUUUAGGGAAAGGCUGAUUCAGUCUCUCCAGGAAUUUAAAGAAGAUAUACACAACAGGCAUUUAAGCAAGGAGGAUAUGUUUAGAGAAGUGAAUGAAAUAGACGAGAUAAGGAGAGUAAGAAACAAACUUAUAGUCAUGCGUUGGAAGGUUAACCGAAACCAUCCUUAUCCCUAUUUAAUGUAGUUUGCCUUGAUUUUAAUUUUUUUCUGAUAGUAACAUUGUCAUAGAGCUUUCUUUUGAUUUGCAUUUUCCUGAUAUACCUUCAUGCAUCUUUCUACUUUUAACUCGUUGCUAUUAGUGAUUUUAGAUGCAUCUGUUGUUAAUCUUCAUUUCAUUUUUUAUCAUAUUUUGAACCAAUAUAAAAGUCUCUGUCUUUUAAUAGGAGAGCUUUACUCAUUUAUACAAAAAGAGGUUCCUGACAGGAUAUAAAAUGAAAAAAGGUUACUAAGUAAUAUGUGAAUAUCAUAUUUUUCAAA